CCCCAUUCCUUCUCUAUCUGUGAACACGGAGCAGACCGAGUAACUACAAUGGCCAGAACCAAGCAGACCGCCCGUAAGUCCACCGGAGGAAAAGCUCCCAGGAAGCAGCUGGCGACCAAAGCUGCCCGUAAGAGCGCCCCGGCCACCGGCGGCGUGAAGAAGCCCCACCGUUACAGGCCCGGUACCGUGGCUCUGAGGGAGAUCCGCCGCUACCAGAAGUCCACCGAGCUGCUGAUCCGCAAGCUGCCCUUCCAGCGCCUGGUGAGGGAGAUCGCUCAGGACUUCAAGACCGACCUGCGCUUCCAGAGCUCCGCCGUCAUGGCGCUGCAGGAGUCCAGCGAGGCUUACCUGGUCGGCCUGUUCGAGGACACCAACCUGUGCGCCAUCCACGCCAAGAGGGUCACCAUCAUGCCCAAAGACAUCCAGCUGGCCCGCCGUAUCCGCGGAGAGAGGGCUUAGACUGACCUGAGACCAGCCGAGAGGCAACACAACGGCUCUUUUAAGAGCCACUCACAGACUCUGACUGAGCUGACGGUCCUGUUGAUUUACAUGAAUAUACAAGAUGCGUUUUAAAAUGUAUCUUAACAGUACAUGCUGCUGCACCAGAAGACCACUCCAUAAAAGAUGGCUGAUGCCACCACCGAGUCGAAGAAGGUCUUCAGGAGUGCUCCCCUUAUUUAUAAAUGUCCUAAUUUUAUCCGUUAUGUUCUUCUGGGAAAAAGCUGCUGUCUACAGAAGCAGCAAUUUAUGACAAACUACUGAUCUAUGGGAUAAUUGUUUAUUGAACCGUAAUUAAUUUAUACAAAUUCCUGUGUAAAUCUAUAUCUGUAUUUUCUAAAAUAAAAUACUUUUAAUCCUA